AUAGCCCCGACUCGCAUCAUGGCAGUGAUUCCCACAGCUAUCUUGACCAAAACCAAGAAUGACCAUGCGGGGCCAAACAGGAAGCAUAACCAGUUUGUGACCGCCAGACCUGUGAAAGAUUCAACUUACUUUACGACGAAACACCCCUGGGAGACCCGCAAAGCGCUGAGAGAGGAUUAUGAACUACCUCUAACGGAGAGAGAGGCGUGGUGGAGGAUCGAGCUGAGGGAAACUCCCAAGCCUGGCGCUUACGCGAUCAAGACGUUCCUAAACGAGCUGUCUGAGCGACCCAACACCUACCGGUUCAAGUCUGACGGGAGGAAGCUGAACACCGACAUCGUGCAAACGGGAGCCACUCUCUUACCGGGCGCAUACAGCUACACCGACUUCAUCCACGAAACAGAGAAGCGACCUGCGACAUACAAUUUUCGAUCAGUGUCAAGAGACGAUGCAGAUAUUCUGUACUAUGGCAAACCAGACAAGACACUUAAUAUAUCACCUGCUGCCUACGACACUGAACGCUAUGAAUCAAUUGCAGUGACCGAUCCUUCUUCUAAACAUUACAUGUUCAAGUCCCAGUCGAAGCGCUUUCCUACCAUAUACUAUAAGCCAAAGGAGGGACCAGGACCCGGCAUGUAUGAGCCGGUCAUCAGCAGCUCAGCGCCCUGCAUCUCCUCCAGCUUCUGCUCCCGGACACCGCGCUUUCUACCAUCACACACGAAAGUUCCCGGUCCUGGUACGUACGAAAAGACAUACCAGCAUCCAAUGAAAAGUACCAUUUCUAAGAUGGGUCGACAGUAUGGACUUUUCUUCAACAGCUCAUUCCAGUCCUGAUGAUGUGGGGAAUGCACCAACUUCCGCCGUUUUGAUGUAUUCGUGUCUGAACUCGCUGUCCCCAGCAGAGACCACCAGUCUAGCUGCUGUGUGUGGGUGGUAAAAAACGAUGUGUGUGUGUGUUCCACAAAUGUCUUUGGUUCGUCUAGGUUUGACAUAAAUAUGUGUUUGUGCAUUUUUUAUUUUUUUUACACUGCAGUAUUUAUAUAUCGGUGAUAAACUAACAAGGCCAGGCAUUAAGUUGCAAAAGAAUAGAUUACUUAUCAGUAUUAUAUUUAUAAUAUAUUAAGAGUUUUAAAAGUUGAUGUUUUGAAUGUUUAGGAUUGUAUCUAGCAGGAAGCAGUUGUCACACACACACCCUUCCACCCCCACCCCACCCCCCUCAAAAAAGUGCCCCAUUUGUUUGCCUGAACCAGCCUCGGUGGCAUCAGGGUUAAGCCAUAAGGCUGGUAGGUACAGGGUUUGCAGCCUGGUACCGGCUCCCACCCAGAGCAAGUUUUAAUGACUCAAUGGGUAGGUGUAAGGCCACUACACCCUCUUCUCUUUCAUUAACCGCUAACAGUUAAAAACUAACCCACUGUCCUGGACAGAAAAAAUUAGUUUGCCCUUUAUAUCCAAAUUAAGAAGAACCUAUGUUACUGUAUCCUAGUUGUUGUUUUUCUGUCCCUCCCUAGUUAUUUUAGACUAGGUAUGACCCUCGAGUUAAGCCAAUGAAUGGGGUGGGUUUGAGAAUAGGAAUAGUGAACAUUUAGAUGUUUAAACUGGUAGUCUUUCUUGAAAAAUGUAACUCAAUGUGUAGUCCUUUUCUGAAGCAAUACGAGUGGAUAAAUGUCAACCUCUAGUCUUUAUAUUCUGUUAUUUGGUUUGAUGUAAAAAAAUUGGGGAAUAUGUAUUUCAAUACAAGAACAUACCUAGUCUAAAAUAUUGUAACCAGGAAGGGUGUACAAAAAAGUGCCUUCUCCAGCAGGUCGAAAAUGCACUCUGAAACUGAAAAGGGCACUUUUUGUAACCUUCACUGUGCACAACUGAAUCCAGCCCUGCAUUGUCAAUUAAGAAUGUUACUGGAAUAUUGAAGACAUGAAGAAUAUUUACGGUAACAUGAAUUUGUGGAAAUUUUGUCAAGAAAUGUAUUAAAACAUAACUUAAUGUUAUGCAGUCAAAGAUGUGAAGGGAGUGUCUCAAAAGACCAAGACAUCUCGUGAAAAAACCACAACAUGUCAGAAACAAAGCCACUGAUGCCAAUGAUUCUUGACUGACGACAAAAAUGAACCAAUAUUCAACAAAACUUGACAUUAAGGAAAACCUUUGUUCUGUAAACCAGGCCUGAUGCUUAUAAAACUUUUAGAGUCUAGACUCAAGACUCUUGAGAUUGAGUCUGGACUCUUAAGUUUUAUAAGCAUGGGCUCUUCUCUUUUUUUUCUUUUUUUUUUACAGCACUGGCUUAUAAAUGUGUGAUAAAAUGCACUCAUGUGUUUUGUUCGUUUUUCGUGUUAUAAUUAACAGUACUGUUUUUUAGUGUUUUAAAAAAAAAGUUCAGUUAUGAACCUUGUAAAACUGUAAAACACACAUUUCUUUGUUCAUACUAUUAAUUGAUACUUUCAUAUUGGAAACCAUGUUCCUUUAUUACAAAGUAAGAAAAUCUGUGAGUUAUCCGACAUUAAAAAAGUUGGAUCAAACAACUCAAGUGGGUAUAUAUAUAUAUAGUUUUUUUUGCAUAAAAUGUGAUUAAUUAUUGCAAUACAACCAUAUCAGUAUUCAUGUUAUGUUUGUGUACAUUAUUAUAUGUAUGUAUACCUGUAUGUACUUCUGUCUGUAUAUAUAUUUAUUGUUGUGGGUCAUUAACAUAUACAAAGAACGUACAUUUUUAUUUAUAUUAAAACUGAAACAAAA